CUUCUCAAAACAGCUUCUCUCAUUCUAGCGAAAUGUGUCCAACUUUAGAAAACGGGCUCGUAGCAGCCAUAGUCUGAGGACCGGGGCCGCGUGUUUUUCAGUAUCCAUUUUAUAUUUGUAAAUGGUUUGUCUGAGCGAGGUGUAUUUAUUGGUGGGGCCCGAGUGAGGCAAACCGAGGAUUUAAAAUAGCGAGUUUCAGUUUUGUUUUAGUUAAAUAUGAGGGGAUUGGACCUGCUACCUCGCAUUAAUGAUUACUCGUCGCUCAUGAAUUAUUUUGGAUGAAUGGGUAUCGCCCUCCCAGUGUCUGGGAAGGAAAGGACUGACAACCGGAACCUGCCCCUCUGUCGCUUCUGUAGAGAUGAUAUCAUUUAAAAAUACAGAUUUACUACUACAUAUCAACGUGCAUGUUGUUGGUUCUACGCCAGCGAUGCAAUAAUAUCACGGGAAAAUGAACGUCUCGUUUAUUUGUUAUUAUUAUUUUUGUUGGCGACUCCCCGGUACUGCUGUGCGCGGCGGAAAAGAACUUGGUCAACAGAGUAUCGAAUCUGCACAAUGAUUGAGGGGCGUGUACUGUGAAUAAUACUGUGAAUAAGCUUGCUUGUCGAUGGGCUGGCUGCAUUCCUUCGUUACAAAGAGUAGAUAUUCUAGUAUAUCCAUAUAAGCAUUAGACAUUAAAAAUGCCUGCCAAUAUGGCAAUCAUGAGCUGCCUCCUCACUUAUUGUCUUGAAGCAAAUGGAUUAAUUGACAACAUACAUUUUGCAAUGUUUAAAAGCUGUAUUCAUCUGUUUUAAGCUACAGUAGUUUCAGCCAGGAUAGGGCUUACUGCAUAUAGUGGGGACUCCUUGGGCAGAUGCUUUUGUGCUCUCCAAAUUACUCUGCUGAAGAUUUCCAUUCAGAAUGUCUGUCUUUCUGGAUGCAUCUUGCUGGCCUGGCAUCUUAUAGCCUGUGUCUAGCGUGGUAGAAUUAUACGGUUAUAGUUAAUUAAAUGCAUUUUUUUUUUGUUUUUUUUGUUUUGGUAUGCUGCACAGGGGAAAGGAAAACAUUCAAGAAACAAAUGACCACAACUAGAUUCUUGCUGCAUGAAGUUAUUCGUAGGCAGAGAAUCCGGGCGGAUGAGAGGUGUGCAGUGACCAUCUCUGGUGCCCCUAAUGGAUUCAAAGCUGCGAGAGGACCUGUUGAAGAAGUAUGUGCAAUCUCUGGAGUGUCGGCUGGAGGUGGGGGGAGGAAGAGGAGGACAGCAUCAAGGGGUGGACGAGGCCGGUCUUUGCUCGGCCGCCACAGCACUACUUAGUCUCCACCAGGUCGAUCCAGCUCACCGUUUCCAGCUGGUUCGCUUCUAUGAAGUGUCAGAGAAUGCACUGCGCACACUGAGAAGCUCCAGCUUGCAAGCGCUGGAGACAGCCUUUAAUACACUGGAAACCAUCUGCACCAACCUUUUGCUCUACCCUUGGAAAAAAGAGUUCCGCUGCAUUAAGACUUUUACUGGCCCUUAUGUGUACUGCCUGCAGUCAGCUUUGUGUGACUCAGACCUUCGCUCCUUGCUGCGCUCCAUGGGUUACUCACGAGACCAGGAGCUACAGUUCCAUGCCCGAGAGCCUAGUGGUGGGAUAGCUCAGUUACGCCAGAUGGCCUUUGAGCUGUUCCUGGCACAGAUGGAGUGCCGCUUGCUGAAGGAGCUGGUGGCACAAGCGGGUGGGGGCUCCUUAGACAUGGAGGUGGAGGCUGUUGAGAUACGUCGAGUAAGUCGCGAAGAUGCCAGAGGCUGUGCUGACACCCUGCGUCGCAGAGAGGCCUUAACGGGGGAGGUGUCUCGGCUUACUGUACGCCGCCCUGAGUGUGAGCGGGCCUACCUGAAGCAGCGAGCGGGACGGCCCUACAAAUCAGUGGACGUGACAGAUGGUGCAGGUCACUGGCAGCCCUCCAGAAAGCCGGUUCUGAUGACCACACUCAGCCUCCGCAAGGAGACUCUCUUUGUGGAUGCAGAGGAGGACCAGCAGGAUGAGAUCAUUCGACCCACACCCUCUCUGCUGUCUGCGACAGGACCUGCUUAUAGCCCUGUGGCCGAUUUCUUUCCUGUCACAUCUGCCCCUACAGAGCCGCCUCCUCUUUCCUCGUACUCUUCCUACCACCUGUCUUCUCUUGAUGAAAUCGACCUCUACACAGACCGAGGUGGCGGCUAUCGUCUGCCUUCGAAGCAGCAGAGCAGGGACCCUAGAGACAACUGGGGAGCCAAGAGCCCUGCUGCCUCAUCUGUUAAUGUGAAGUGCCAAGGCUGUGGUGUGGGCAGCACCAGUGUCAUCGCCUGCCAGAAGUGCGAUAUGAUCCUGUGUCCUAGCUGCCACGCAGAAGAGCACUCUCCAUGCUGUGGGCUCCAGGACUUCCCCAAAGUUUCACGUCCCAGCGAGGGGUACCUGUCUGGUAAAGAGAAGUUGUACGUCUAUUCCAGCACUCCCACCCAGUCCCAACUCCCAGACAAGCCCCAGUCCAACUCCAAGCUUUUGCCCAGUAAGGUGAGCACCGCCAGCAGCAGUAGCAAUGGCUCGCGCUGCGGCUUCUGUAACAAGCCAGGUGCCUCCCACACAUGUCUGCAAUGCUCCAAGGUGUCCUGUGACAGUUGCAUGACCCUCUAUGCUAAAGACUCCUGUGGACGUAAGAACACACCCCAUAAUUUUGUGCCGAACAACCAUCUUAACUACAAAUGCAGCUCCAUCUCUCACCUGGUGUAUCGAUAGGACGCGUACUACUCUAGGCACUUGUUAAAGUGGUGUAUUGGAUCUUCAUGCCCUUCAGGGGAUGUCAUUACCAAGGAAGCCAGGCAAAUAAUCUUCAUGCUUACCCCAUACUGUUACCAGACUUUCCUACCUGUUUGGAAAACUGUCAAAUCAUUUUACUUGCAAGGCUAAUUGAGCUGUAUUCACAACCUUCAGCUAAAGUGUAUUUCCAGACUCAUCUGUGAUUUAAUGUAAGAAGUAGCUUCCAUUUGAAUUUUAGGUAACCAUUUGUACACAUGAGCUUGCGAUUAUACCAUCAGAAUCUCUGAUAUGUACCGGAUAUAUAGUCUUGAAUUCAACUUGAGAACCCAUUGACACUAUUUUUUCCUUUGCAGUAACAAGAACAAAAAAUGCAGCUUCUUUUGCAAACAUAAGCUUUACUGUAACAUCCAUGAAGUUAUCUGCACAGUAACACAGUUUUACAAGCUUACCAAUCUGCUGUUUGGUACUGAACAGAAACCAUGGUAAAUCAUUACACUGGAUUUCUUGAUAUUUCUUUAUGCUUUGACUGGGCUGAGGCACCUUUCUCAACACAGGCUUCUUGAUGUAUUGUACUACUGUACUAUUGUACUACCAAUUUAAUUUGAGACCUCUGAAUUCCUAUCACACCCAGUUGGCCUUGACCUGAAGGAAGUAAGCAAUGAACUGAACGCUUGGUAUGUAAUUGUUUAAGCAAAAAAAUAUAGUUACACGGAUGAAGGCACAAGUCGUUUGUCAACUUGACCUUUAAAUAUUUUUUUUUUAUCUACUUGAUUUUCUUAAGUUUUAUUGUUAACUUGAUGCAAGCCCAAAGUGGCUUGACUGUUACUGUGACAGGAAUACCUGUGUGUCACAGGAAGUUCAUGAUAUAUAGUAUAAAAUGGGAACUUGUUUAAUAUUUAA